AUGUCAGCAUCUGAAGCUUCAAAGGGCAAUCAGUCGGAGGGAGCCACGGAGAAGGAGGAGCAAGGGCGGACUGUAAACCACCUAGUGUCUCGAGCCAUCCGCAAGUGCAAGGAUCUCAGAACCGUGUUUUCCUUCUUCCGCUUGCUCUUCUCGCUGAAUUAUACCGUCGUCGAUAUCCUGCUCAUCAGCGUGGGAACCUUCUUUGCCAUUGCAGCAGGAGUCCCGGAGCCAUUACUCGGUAUUGUUCUCGGCCAACUGAUAAAUGAGCUCAACGGUGUCGCUUGCUCGGCAACGCAGUAUGACCCUUCCUCCGUCCGGACGAAAGUUCUCUACCUCAUCUAUAUCACCAUCUUCAAUUUCGCUAGUAUCUACAUAUAUGCGGCGUGUUGGGCUCUGGUGAGCGAGCGCCUGGCUCUCCGCUAUCGCAAAGCGUACUUUCGCAGUUUGAUCCGGCAGGAGGCAGCCUUCCAUGACACCUUGCCCUCGGGGCAGGUUAUCUCCCGGCUAGUGAGUGAUAUUGAGACGGUGCAGUCGGGGACGUCGGAGAAAGUGGGCAUCUACAUUGCUACCCUUUCCUAUUUCAUUACGGCAUAUAUCGUGGCCUUCAUCAAGGUACCGACUGUUGCAGGCAUUCUGAUUGCGAUUGUGCCCUGCUUCUUUACCAUGGCGCUGGUGGGAGGUCACCUUACCUCGCGGUAUGGGACCCGCGUGGGUAAACAUGUUGAUCGAGCCACCUCCAUCGCAUCGUCGAGCUUGUCGCAUCUCCGGAUAGUGCAUGCCUUCAACGCGCAUCGGCGCCUGGAGGAGCUUUUUUCGGCCCACCUCACCAAUUCACGCAAGGAUGCAUUGAAAAAGGCGGGAAUCCAUGCGGCGCAGAUGGGGAUGCUUUUCUUCGUCGUAUAUUCGUCCAAUGCACUGGCAUACUGGAAAGGGGCGAACUUAAUCGCAGACUCUAUUGAUGGCGUCAACUCAGGGGUCUCCGUGGGUGCAGUGUACACGGUGAUCUUUAUCCUCAUUGACGCUUCAUUCAUCCUGAGCCAGGUUUCACCUUACAUGCAUGUCUUCAGCGCUGCUGCGAGUGCGUCCGAGCGAUUGCUGGAGAUUAUCAACCGCCACUCCAACAUCGAUGGUACCUCAACGGACGGAGAGAAGAGCGUGGAUCUCGCUGAUAAAGAUAUCACCUUUCAGGAUGUUUACUUUACAUAUCCAGCACGGCCAUCGAACCCUGUCCUGCAAGGAGUGAACUGCAUAAUCCCCCCCAAAAAACAUACAGCCAUUGUUGGCCCUUCAGGUGGUGGAAAAUCUACCAUCGUGGCACUACUGGAACGAUUCUAUGAUCCGUCCUCCGGGAAUAUCUGCAUUGGCAGGCAAGAGAUUCAAAGUGUGAACGUAGCAAGCCUUCGGGGACAGAUGGGGUUUGUCCAGCAGGAAUCUCAGUUGUUGGACCGGUCUAUCUUGGAGAACAUUGCAUACGGUCUUGUCGGGUCCAUUGCACAUGAAGAACUGGCCGAGGUUAUCCUAGAUAUGAGGCUUGCAGACAUUGUAGCACAAAUUCAGGCGGGAACACCUGAAGAGCAAGCGCUUGCGAGCUGUGACCCCAGGAUUGCCGACAUUGUUCGCCGGGCGAAGGAAGCAGCCGAGAGGGCUAAUGCUCUUUCCUUCAUUGAAACUCUGCCAUUUGGAAUCGCAACCAACGUUGGCACUGCUGGAGGCCAACUCAGCGGUGGUCAACGGCAACGCAUUGCACUUGCUACGGCCCUCGUCCGGGAACCCAAGUUGCUGGUACUUGACGAAGCUACCGCGGCACUGGAUUCAAUCAGCGAACAGUUAAUCCACGCAGCUCUUGUCAAGGUAUCUGGAACCACUACGAUCGUCUCGAUUGCGCACCGCUUGGCAGCUGUCAAGGGUGCGGACCAAAUCGUGGUCAUCGAGAAGGGCCGAGUAGUUGAGUCCGGCUCUGCCCAGGAACUGCUGGAACGGAGUGGUAGGUAUGCGGCCAUGAUUAGCCAGCAAAAAAUGGAUCAGAUGGACAUUGAGGACCUCCCGACAACAGCUCAUAGCAAAGGAGACAUUGUUGAGGCUGAAGGCAAUCUUCCAACUGUCCUUGAGGGAUAUAAAGGCGAUGAGAAAGGACAGGCCGUUCCGACCAAAGAGCAGGCAACGGACUCUACUGCCAUUCUGGUGCCGGAGGAAGAGGUCUCUUCUCGGUCAAAGCGUCUCACUUUGAAAACAUAUUUCGCUUUCAUCCGCCCCAACCUGCUUCUGAUAGUUCUUGGCUUGGGUAUGUCGGUGAUUAUCGGUGCCAGUUACAGCUCGAAUGCGAUCCUGUUCGGGAAUACUGUUGGAGGACUCAGUCCCUGCAAAGGAAUCCCCCACAUCCGACACAGUGGGAGUUUCUUCGGGCUCAUGUUUUUCAUCGUAGGGCUUGUGGAGUUUUUCGCGAAUGUCAUUGGCGGAUGUGCCUAUGGAUGGGCUGCAGACCAGACACUCUACCGAAUCCGUGUAUCCUCCUUACGGUCCCUCCUCAGCCAAACGAUCACCUGGCACGGUACCGGCGGACGCAGUCCAGGGGUCCUUAUCUCCUACAUUACCGGUGAUGCAUCCGCCAUCAGUGGUCUGACUGGGACUACAAUUGGCCUUCUCCUUGCGACAGCUGUGAAUCUUUUCGCUGGUGUGAUCAUCUCGUUUAUCGUUGCAUGGAAAAUCUCCAUUGUACUGGUGCCUACAAUCCCCGUCCUCCUUGCGGCCGGAGUAAUGAAACUACGAGUGCAGAGCCAAUUUGCAGAACGACAUAAGAAGGCUUUCUCAAGGGCCACCGAAAUCACUGUCGAAGCUCUAGGAAACCUGCGCUUCAUCACAGGGUUUUCGCUAGAGAAACAGCUCUACCAGGAGUUUAUACAGUGUAUCCAGGGACCAUAUAAAAGAACCAUGAAGGCUGUGGCCUGGGGCAACUUCUGGUUGGCAACAGCAUUCAGUGUCAGCAAUCUGGUCAGCGCUCUCGCGUACUGGUGGGGUUCCAAGCAAAUUGCAUCAGGCAUGUACUCCCAGACGCAGUUUUUCAUCGUGUUACCGGCACUGCUUUUCAGCACCCAGUCAUGCGGCCAGAUGCUUGCCCUGGCCCCCGAUCUGUCGAAGGCAGGGAAGGCUGUAUCGCGUAUUGUUGACCUCGUGGGCACUAACUCUGCGGAGCAGGAGUUUGGUGGCGACGCCCAUAAGGAAUUGGUACCGUCGAUGGAAAAGUCGAACGUGGACAUCGAGGCAAACAAGGAAGACCCCGAUUUCAUACCAUCCAGACUUGGUGAUACUGCGGUGGGUGCAGAGCUCCGACAGGUACAAUUUGCGUACCCUUCCUCACCGGAUACUUUAGUGCUCAAGGGGCUGAGCAUCAUCUUCGAGCCGGGGGGGUUCUAUGCCUUAGUCGGUCCCAGUGGGUCCGGUAAAUCUACCAUCAUUGCCAUGCUCGAACGGUUCUACUAUCCCUCAGCGGGUUCGAUCCUGAUCGAUGGUCAGGAUAUCACGCAGAUUCUAUCCACCAGCUUUAGAGAUGAAAUUGCUUUGGUUCCACAAGAAAACGUUCUCUUUGAGGGGACUGUAGGGUUUAAUAUCGCUCUGGGAGCCAGGCCUGGAUACAUGCCCACUCAGACCGAAAUCGAGGAAGCGUGCAAACUUGCUCAAAUUCACGAUGUGGUUAUGGAACUACCCGAGGGAUAUGAGACUAUUUGCACUCACGGUGGAAAGCAAUUUUCUGGCGGCCAGCGCCAGCGUCUUGCCAUUGCUAGAGCGUUUAUUCGAAAGCCGCGUCUCUUACUUCUUGAUGAAUCCACGAGUGCGCUUGAUGGUGACUCAGAGCGCAAGAUCCAAGAUGCCCUAUCCAGGUUUAUGGGAAAAACAACUAUUAUUGCGAUUGCGCAUCGCUUAAGGACCAUCUAUCGUGCGGACCAGAUAUUCCUGAUUGAGAAUGGCCGGUGUGUGGCCCGGGGAACGCAUACACAACUCAUUGAGCGGAACGAAAUGUAUCGUGAGAGCGUCCUCCACCAGUCGCUCGAUAUCUGAUGUUCGACGUUACACAUAUAUUUUCUGUCAUAGAAUGGAGAGUCUAAUAUAGAUACUCG